AUGAAGGUCUCAGAGGUAGAGGAUGAAUCCCAUCGAACGAUCUCGGAGGUGCGGGGGGAGUUUCGAGGGCGAAUCUCUGACCUGCAGGGUCCUCAGGAUAAGAUUCUGGUAGUUGGUGACAGCCAGGUGAGACAUUUGGACGCGGCGUUUUGUGCUAAGGACAGGAAGCGGAUGACGAGAGUGUGCUUACCCGGUGCUGGAAUCGAAAGGAUAAGUGCUCAGUUAGACACGUGUUUGGCGGACGGGACCAAACCCAUUGUUUUCCUCAUCGCGGGGGGAAAUGACAUUUGUAAGGUAAGGAGUGAGGAGCUGUUUAGGAGAUUUAAGGAGGCUUUGGCUAAAAUUAGGAAUAAGGAUGCAACCCCUGUGGUAUGUGGUGUGUUGCCAAGGAAGGAACUGGGAGGUGAAUGGCUGUCCAGGGCUAUUGCAGUGAAUUGCAGAUUUGCGGAUCACUGCAGGAGCAAUGGAUGGGCGUUCAUCAAUAACUGGGACCUCUUUUAUGGCAAAGACACCUUGUAUACCAGGGAUGGAGUGCAUUUAUCACGCUAA